CGUAAAGGGAAAUUCAGCAGGUGGUCUAAGUGCCCGGUUAAUAACGCUUAACUCCUUUCAAUUAAGAAACAGUUCCAUAGGACAAUUUGUCUAAUCACAAGCUUUUACAAACCUUUGAGGUUUAAAUGUACUUAAGCCACCCACAGAAUGUCGACUCAAUAGUCUGUGGAAACAUUUCUGACUGUUAAGACGGCCCUACAUAUUAUUUAAAUAAAAAAUAAAAGUUUACGCCCAAAAUGAGGCCGUUAAGGCAAAUAGAUUGCUUCAAAGUUAAUAUGAAAUUUUGGAAGUUACUUGCCGUUUGGCCUCCAAACGAUAUGCAAUCUUAUUACCGUUACUAUCAAAUGUUUUUCACGGCGUUCAUUCUUUUAAAUAACUUAUUAGCUACAGUAAAUUUUAUUUUCCUUCCGAGACAAUUAGAUAUGUUUAUAGAUGAAAUGAUAUUUUACUUCUCUGAAAUAGCUGUGACAUCGAAGUUUUUGACUUUUCUUUUUAUGCGCAAAAAAAUUCUAAUGAUCUUGAGUAUGCUCGAGAGUGAUAUGUUUCAGCCUGAAUCAGAAAAUGGCUUAAAAGCAAUCGACAAAGCGAAAAAAUUUAAUGUAAGAUAUUUUAAAAUAGUUGCAACAGUGUCAGCAACUGCUCAUUUAUCACAUAUAUUCCCACCAAUAUUACUGCAUUUUAUUUUACAUGUAAAAUUAGAACUCCCUGUAUGCAAUUUUUCAUUUUUAUCGGAUGAUACUAAACAAAAAUUUAUUUACCCUUUAUAUGAGUUUCAAGCCCUCUACAUGCAUUCUCAAGUGCUUUGUAAUAUCAGUAUCGAUACAUUUAUUCUCGGUUUACUAAUAUACGCCAUUGCCCAAUUGGAUAUACUUGACGAUAAUUUGCGAAGAGUCACCGAAAAAAAACAAAUAUUAGUUACACGAGCUGAUGAUUCUAUGGAACGAGCGGAGAAAGAAAAUGUCAUAAAGAAACUCAACGAUUCUAUAAUUCAUUAUGGUGAAUUGGGGCAGUUCUGUGACUUGGUCCAAGAUGUAUUUAGUAUAACAUUGUUCGUGCAGUUCGGUGUGGCUUCUUGUAUAAUUUGCGUCGUCCUGUUCAGAUUUACAUUGCCGGCGCCAUGGCAGUACUUCAUAUUUUUGGGAUCAUAUAUGUUCAUUAUGAUCCUUCAAAUUUUGGUACCCUGUUGGUUCGGCACUCGCAUCCAGGAUAAGAGUCAACAGCUAUCCCAGGCCGUGUACGAUUGCGACUGGACCGCUAAGUCUCGCUACUUUAAGAGCAGUCUGCGGCUCUUCGUGGAGCGAGCCAACAAACCUGUCUCAAUAACGGCCGGGAAAAUGUUUCCACUUUCGCUUACCACUUUCACUUCUAUUAUGAAUUCUUCGUACUCAUUCUUCACUUUGCUGCGCCACAUGCAAUCUCGGCAAAAUUAGAUCUGUAUCGUAUUAAAAUAGAUAGAUAGACAGGUACCUAUU